UUAUCUUUUAAGGACUUCUCAUGUUUUGCAGUGCGGUAUCUGCUAUUUGUCUUCAAAGUACCGGAGGGAGAAUUCACAUUGAAAUUCGGGACCGCAUUUCUCAAUCUUCUUUUCCUUUCGCCUCCUGUUUCACACGGACAUUUAUUGCAGACGGACACCGUGUUUGGCCUCUUAUAAACUUUGACAUAAGCGACACAGGAGCGUCUGAUCACUUUUCCGGAGACGCAGAAGAAGAAGAAGAAGAAGAAGAAGACGACGACGACGCAACAGACAUGCGCUGGAAAAGCGAGGGGAAAGUUCAACGCGGCAUCCUGGCUGCCGGCUCCGGCGAGGAGGUCGCGGACGAAGACAUCGGGUCCAGCCUGCAGACGAUGUCCUCCGAGCCCCUUCUCGCCACCAGCGUGUGUGCCAGUUGCAACGAAGAAAUUGUGGAUAAAUAUUUAUUGAAGGUGAGCGACCUGUCCUGGCAUGUGCGCUGCCUCUGCUGCAGCGUGUGCCAGGCGGCGCUCGGCGGCCACACCAGCUGCUACAUUAAGGACAAGGAGGUCUUCUGCAAGAUGGAUUACUUCAGGUUCGGCGCGUGGUGCGCCUGCUGCGGGCGCCACGUCCACGCCACCGACUGGGUGCGGCGCGCCAAGGGCAACGUCUACCACCUGGCCUGCUUCGCCUGCUUCUCGUGCAAACGGCAGCUGUCCACGGGCGAGGAGUUCGCCCUGGUGGACGACAAGGUGCUCUGCCGGGUCCACUACGACUGCGUGCUGGACAAGCUCAAGCGCGCCGCCGACAAAGGCAGCAAUGUGAACAUGGACGGCGCCGUGCCCACCGAACAGGAAAUGAACCAGCCCAAACCGUCCAAGAGAGCCAGGACCAGCUUCACCGCCGACCAGUUGCAGGUGAUGCAGGCGCAGUUUGCACAGGACAACAACCCGGAUGCUCAGACGCUGCAGAAACUGGCGGAGCAGACGGGCCUCAGUCGAAGGGUCAUACAGGUGUGGUUCCAGAACUGCCGCGCCCGCCACAAGAAGCACGUGAGCCCCAACCACACGUCCAGCGCCCCCCUGACCUCUCUGCAGCCCGCCCGCCUGGCCCCGCCCACGCCCACCCCCGAGGAGCUGCAGUACACGGCCUACGGGGGCCCGGAAGCCUCCGUCCUGUCGACGCUGCACUCCUUCAUCGACAGCGAGCACCAAGCGUUUUACGAGCUGCUGUACGAGUGACGGGGGCCCCAGCACGUUUUUUUCUGCCGAGUCAGCGUUUCGGGUCUCAGACCCACGGCGGUGAGUCUCAAAGUGUGUCCCCUAGUGGUGGGCUGUUUUAGGUUUGAUUGACCUCCGGGGGGGGGGGGCAGGGUGCACCCCCCCCCCCAAAAAAAAAAAAAACAAUGAUUGCAGCUUUUUUUUCUCCUGUUAUCAUGCGGCAAUUUGUGAAAAACGUAUGAAAAUAUGAUAGAUGUAACCUGCCUCAUAAUGUUUUCUUUUCUUUCAUAUUGCGUAGCAUCACUGGAUGUUUAGCGCAGCCCACCUCAAAACAAGCGCACCCAUCAUGCAUCUGAAGCCCCGCAAAUGUAAUUUAUUUUUGUGUAUGUCCA